UUUAAAUCGAAAAAUAAAGCUAUUGUUUCAUUAUUUUAUUAUUUCCCUUCUACGUGACUUUACCGAAAGAGCCAAGAAUAGGAACCGUUAUAUAUGUGUGUGUGUGGGUGUUCUUAGAAAUGCCAGUAUGGCAUACCAUCGUAUACCGACACAUUUUGGCCACUGCACACCUCACUACAGUCGUGAAAUGCCUUGUCAUAGACAAGAGCUCCGCAAAUUUACUUUCUAAACUUCACUCCCCCUUCAUUUGAAACAAGUACAAUUUUACUUGCGUGAAACCCACUUGUUUAACCAAGCUAUAUGUCAUUCCCCUUGUGCCACGGUUGGACGGCCACGCUCAUACCCGAUGCUUUGGCGUCCGUAAGCGAAUAGCGUGCAGGUGCCGUGCGCAGGGACCGGGUUAUGUUCGCCCUUGUGAAUGUUUAAUGCACCGUGAGCCUUAUUGCAUUACAUUGGGCGUAUACAAACCGUGACUCACCGGGGCCCCCCUGAGCCUUGUGUGCGUCCUCUCCAAGUGGCGUCUGUGGAGUGACAUUUUGCUGCUGCCGGCCCUGGCCUGGCCUGCUCUUCCGUGGGACUCAUCUGCGACCAGUGCGACGUAUCCCACGCUGUGCCGGGGCUUGCGAGGCACCGCCACUUGGUCUAAUUCCACCGUCACACCGAGCCCGCAGUCAUGCCGAGGCACAAGCGCCUUGCCAUAAACGAGAGUGACGUGAGCAUUGAGGUUGACGCGAAUGAGCAGGGCUCCGACAGCGAGGAGGAGGAUGAUGACGAGAGCGACGCGGAGCAAGGAGACGGAGCCGUCAACGGGGAGCUGCGCAGCAGCGAUAACGAGGACGCUCCCCGUAAUCGACGGAAGCGGCCGCCGCCACGCAAGGACGCGAGGGCCCAGCGCAAGGGCAGGAGAGGGCAGGGUCGCGACAGGGGCAGGGGCAGCAAACCGAGGCAGAGGCGUCAGCAGCAGAGCGACGACGAAGACGACUCGGAGGAAGAGGAGGAGGAGGAGCAGAGCGAGGAUGAGGACAGCACGGGUGGCAAGCAGCGAGGGAAGAAGGGCAGCAAGAAAGAGAAAGGCAAGAAGACAAAUAAAGACGCUUCCAAUGACAGCGGUUCGGAGGGUGAGAUCUCCCUGUCAGCGGAGGAGCUGGAGAAGCUGAUGGAACAGGUGGAAGAGCAAAAGAAGCUCAUCAGCACGCUACGGAACAAACCGUGGCGGAUGAAACGGCGUCUACAAACACUAAGGGAGGCACAGACGUUUGUGGAGAAGUUCGAGGGAGCCCUGGGCAAGGGACGAGGACGGAAACUCUACGCCUACAAGGUGUUAAUGACCAAGAAAUGGAUGAAAUUCAAACGGGAUUUUGAGAAUUUUCGUACGGCUUGCAUUCCUUGGGAGAUGAAGAUCAAGGAGAUUGAGAGUCAUUUUGGCUCAUCGGUUGCAUCCUAUUUCAUCUUCCUGCGCUGGAUGUACGGCAUAAACAUGGUUCUCUUUGGUCUGACCUUUGGCUUGGUUAUGGUGCCCGAGGCAUUGAUGGGCCGACCUUAUGGCAGCAUGCCACGCAAGGCCGUUCCCCGAAACGACUCUGCAACCGCCAUGAACUUUGCCACCCUGUGGAAUUUUAUGGGCCUAGCGCAGUACUCGGUGCUGUUCUGCGGUUAUUAUGACAACCAGCGCCAAGUGGGCUGGCUCAAGUACCGCCUGCCGCUCGCUUACUUCUUAGUGGGGCUCGGCUGCUUCGCCUACAGCUUCAUGGUGCUCAUUCGCACGAUGGCGCGCAAUGUCCAUGAAAGCCAGGGCGGAGAGGGCGACGAUAACUUCAACUUCAGCUGGAAGAUGUUCACCAGCUGGGACUACCUAAUCGGAAACCCGGAGACCGCCGACAGCAAGAUUGCGUCCACCACCACAGUGUUUCGGGAAUCGAUAGUGGAGGAGCAGGAGAAUCGCAAGGAAGAGAAUGUCCAUCUCCAGCGCUUCCUGAGAGUACUGGCCAACUUCCUCAUCGCCUGGUCACUUGCGGGCAGCGGCUACCUGAUCUACUACGUCGUCAAGCGAGCACAAACGUUCUCACGCAAUGGAUGGGACAACUACGGGUGGUGGGAGCGCAAUGAAGUGAACGUGGUCAUGUCGCUCUUGAGCAUGUUUUGCCCGGCGCUCUUUGACAUGAUCGGGGAGUUGGAAAACUACCACCCCCGUAUCGCCCUGCGGUGGCAACUUGCCCGCAUCUUCGCUCUUUUCAUGGGCAACCUGUACACUUUCAUCAUCGCCCUCAUGGACGAAAUCAACAACAAGCUGGUGGAGGAAAGCAAGCUUCGAAAUUCGACUCAAAUGCAAUUCAUCUUGCACCCAUUCUACCCCGUGGUGCUAAACGGCACGCUGGCAGAGAACGCCACGAUGCCCCCGCCCAUACCCAUUGAUCCCAUGGACAUUCCGCGUGGGCCCUGCUGGGAGACCAUGGUGGGGCAGGAGUUUGUGCGACUCACCGUGUCGGACACCCUGACGACUUACGUCACUAUCCUCGUUGGGGAUUUUGGCCGUGCCGUCUUUGUCCGCCUCUUCAACCACUGCUGGUGCUGGGACCUGGAGUACGGCUUUCCCUCUUAUGGAGAGUUCGACAUCAGUGGGAAUGUGCUGGGACUCAUUUUCAACCAGGGCAUGAUCUGGAUGGGCUCUUUCUACGCGCCCUGCCUCCCAGCCAUCAACGUGCUGCGACUUCUGGCCUCCAUGUACCUGCAGUGCUGGGCCGUGAUGAGCAGCAAUGUCCCGCACGAGCGUGUCUUCAAAGCCUCUCGUUCCAACAACUUCUACAUGGCCAUUCUCCUCUUCAUCCUCUUCCUCAGCCUGCUGCCCACAGCGUACACCAUUGUGUCCCUGCCGCCCUCAUUCGACUGCGGCCCCUUUAGUGGGAAAACGCGCAUGUACGAGGUCAUCCAGGAGACCAUUGAGGCCGACUUCCCAGCCUGGUUCAGCACCGUGUUCAGCUACGCGGCCAACCCGGGCCUCAUCCUGCCGCUCAUCCUCCUCAUGGUGCUAGCCCUGUACUACUUACAGGCAGUGUCUCAAUCUUACAAAGAUGCCAACCUGGAGCUCAAGAAGAAACUUCAAAUGCAACGCGACGACGAGAAAAACAAGAAGAGCAAGGCGGCGGGACUCAUGGAAGACUUCGAGGAGGAGCAGACGAACGUGGACGUGAAGAAGGGGUCAGAGGUCGGUGCUGCGACGGGAGCGGGAAAGGGAGGCGGCGAUAAACCGGCGGCGGCGGCGGCGGCGAGCGGAGAGGCGGAGAGGGGAGCCAAGCACGGGCCGGCUGCUCACGAGGGGCCGUCGGCGGCGCAGGGACAGCAGCAGAGUGGACAGGCAGCAGGUGCAGGUGCAGGCAGAGGUCAAAGUCAGCCGAACGGGGCACGAUCCACGCGGGGAGAAUCGGACUUUCCGCAGGGGCCUCCGCAGCCAGGGCGUGGGCGCGGAGGUGGAUCCCGCCACCCUUACCCCCGCUACGCACACCCGCAGUAUCUGUACGGUUACCCGCCCUACGCACACCCAAGCAUGAUGUACCACCCUCCGUGGGGGGGCGGCGGCAUGCUCCCUGGAUAUCCCCGACCUCCACGCGCCAUGAUGAGGGGUGGCCCUACCUAUUGACGGCACUCGUUCGGCGACGCGCGUUCGUUGCUGUGCAGACGCGUCAGAAAACUAAAGCAGAACGGAAGGAGAUAAGAGGUGGCAAAUGUUACAUGGCAAAGUGCGAAAGGCCGAAGUAUUUUUUUGGGGCCAACCACAGUGGUCAUAGUAAUGAUCAUAGUAAUAGCUUCUAAAUGUGGGCAGCUGUGACACGUUUAGAUCCGUUACCGACGGCCACAAGUGUCAUUUGGUGAGCCGGGUCGCUUGUGAUAUGUACGACGGGUGGAGUGGCACGCGCGUGAGACUAACUCUCGCUUGUGUUGACACUUGCUAACGGUGUUUGUACCAGGAAGUCCAGCUUUACACAGGGAGCAGAACAGUGGAAUUAAAAAAAAAACUCAAAAGAAAUUACUCCCGAGCACAGAGGCUCACGUCUACAUCCUUAGCGUAUUCCCAAGCUCACACACACACAAUGAAGUAAUGUUAACUCCGCCACCGUUAGGCACCAAGGUUAAUUUGAUGACGGCCUUCUAGAUCGUCGGAAGUUCCCCCCACAUCCGGCAAAAUAAUUUGGAUUCCACUGGGGUUUCGCACGCUCGCGGUUUUACCCUGCCCAUGGUUUAUACUUUCCGGGUUCUGGAGAUCAGAGUGGAGCCCUGAGGCCCACUACUCCCCUCCAACCACAACCCCAACACUGCACCACUCCCACUCGUCAUCACGAGCUGACCUCGCACACACUACCUCCACAAUUGCCCAAGAUGGCGCCUCACGCCAACCUCACCACAAUUCACUCGAUGCUAGGCACCACACAAACAAUUCACAACGUCCGACAGUAAGCACAAUUCAGUUCUUCACCCCAGUCCACAGCAAAAGGCUUCCACUUUACUUGCACUGCCUCAUCCUUGCCACAGGACGGGCGCUGGGAGGCAGCGUUCUGCCUUCUUUGCUCGGCCCCACCCUGCACCAGCUCUUGCCCUUGAUUUGACCUUGGCCUCGACCUUCACCGUACUCCAGUCUUGACUCAAGGACCCUGGUGUACAGCACAUGAAGCUAAACUUUUAAACUACACGCCGUUAUGCAGGAUUGUAAUCACGCCGUCAAGUUUAUAAGUUCCCAUUGUGCUGUUGAGUCCACUGCUCACCACACACAGCAGCAGUGGGACUAAUUCGGGUGUUGCUGGCAGCUCGGCACCUCCACUCUGGACUGUUGUUGGUGUCUCCAAAUCCUCUGCCUUGUUUGAGCUCUCCUUUUAUAAGCAGCCCCUAUCCAAUGGGAGAGCGGCUCCACCGUAAGCUGUUAACACCUGGCUGGUUUUCUAGUUGUGCUCCAAGUGAGUACUUUACACAUGGUUACAGUCAGUCAGCUGCUUGAUUUGAAAGUCACUUGAUGUAACUGUCGACUAGUUGCCAGACUUGCUCAUUUGCUUACACUCCUCUUCCACUGGCAUCAUCACGGUUGUUCCAAACCAUACUUUUAUUCCAACACAGUGUUUCAAUACGUCUUACGUACAUCACUAUUUCCCACACUUCUUCCCACCAGAAUCCUAUAGUGAUGACUCUUACCCUACCACUAACACCUUUCAUACUAAAUAUCCUAUUCCCUGAACGCCUCCCUCCCAUCUUGGAUGUUCAGCUUCCCCACCAGACCAGACUGACUCAAAUCCCUCAGUCAAUUAUUGUUAUUAUCUCCUUACUCGUCCCACAUCCUUGGUCACCCCAUGGCCCUCUCUUAUUUGUCAUUGCUCAUAUCAACCUCGAUCUGCGUUACACCACCUCCCCUGCCAAUCUCCUCCCUCCCUCAUUUCCCCACUAAACUCUUCUGAUCCCGAACCCCUUCUUCAGCUCGCAUGGCGUGCGCCUCUACCCCAUCAUUACAGUCAUCCUAUAUCCCAAAUAUCGCGGGCGCCACGGUAUCGAGAUGUUAACUACCUCGCCUGGUAUACAGGAGGUCGUGGGUUCGAUCCCGACCCUGACGCCUGUAUUUGGAGUUUGUAUGUUCUCCCCGU